AACUGGUCUUAAUCCAAAGUUAUAUAAGAGAAGUAAAAAGAUUGGACUACGAGAUGCAAGAAUUACAGAGAAAUUGGAGAAACAAAAAAGACAAGAACAAGAGAAUAAAAGAAUUGAGAAACAUCAAGAAUAUUUACGAGGAGUUUUACAACAUGUAAAAGAUUUUAAAGAAUAUCAUCGAAAUAUUCGUGGUAAAGUAGCAAAAGUUAAUAAAGCUGUUGCAACUUAUCAUGCAAAUACUGAGAGAGAACAAAAGAAGGAACAAGAAAGAAUUGAGAAAGAACGUAUGAGAAGAUUGAUGGCUGAAGAUGAAGAAGGUUAUCGUAAACUUAUUGAUCAAAAGAAGGACAGAAGAUUGGCAUUCUUGUUGUCGCAAACUGAUGAAUAUAUUAAAAAUCUUACUGAAAUGGUUAAACAACAUAAAGUUGAUCAACGUAAGAAAUUAAAGGAUAAAAAGAAGAAGAAGAAAAAGAAGAUUAAGAAAGAAAAUAAAGAAGGUGUUAAAGGAGAAGAUGGAGAAGGUAAAGGUGAUACAACAAUGGAUGGAACUAUUGAUGAAAGUUCACAACAAUCAGAUGUGCGUAUAAAUGUUAUGGAAACAUCAACCGGUAAAGUUUUGGUUGGAAAAGAAGCUCCACUUGCCAGUCAAUUGGAGACUUGGCUUGAGAUGCAUCCUGGUUAUGAAGUUGCUCCUAGAGAAACAGAUGAUGAAGAUGAAGAUGAUGAUGGUGAUGAUUCAUCUGAAGAUGAUGAAGAUUCUAAGCAACAACAGCAACAAAUACAACAACAACAAUCUCAACCAGAUCCAGUAAUGAAUGCAGCUAACAAAAAUGUUAUCCAAGCAGCAUCCCAAGAAGAUGAUGAAUAUAAAAGUGGGGGUUAUCAAAACUAUUAUAAUAUUGCUCAUGCAAUUAGUGAAGAAGUUACAGAGCAAGCAUCAAUUAUGGUUCAUGGUAAACUGAAAGAAUAUCAAAUUAAAGGACUUGAAUGGCUUGUAUCUUUGUAUAAUAAUAAUUUGAAUGGUAUAUUAGCUGAUGAAAUGGGUUUGGGUAAAACAAUUCAAACAAUUGCAUUGAUAACAUAUUUGAUUGAAAGAAAGAAGAAUAAUGGUCCUUUCCUGAUUAUUGUGCCAUUAUCAACAUUGUCAAAUUGGAUGUUGGAAUUUGAUCGUUGGGCACCAAGUGUUUCCAAAAUACCUUAUAAAGGUUCACCAAAUGUUCGUCGUAGUUUACAGCAAAAAUUGAAAACAUCAAAGUUUAAUGUUUUAUUGACAACUUAUGAAUACAUUAUUAAAGACAAAGCAUCUUUAGCAAAGAUAAAGUGGAAAUACAUGAUAAUUGAUGAAGGUCAUCGAAUGAAGAAUCAUCAUUGUAAAUUGACUCAAGUUUUAAACACUCAUUAUGCUGCACCACAUCGACUUUUAUUAACUGGAACUCCAUUGCAAAACAAAUUACCUGAAUUAUGGGCACUUUUAAAUUUCUUGUUACCAUCAAUUUUCAAGUGUUGUAAUACUUUUGAACAAUGGUUUAAUGCUCCAUUUGCUACAACUGGAGAAAAAGUGGAACUAAAUGAAGAAGAGACAGUUUUGAUUAUUCGUCGUUUACAUAAAGUACUUCGUCCAUUCUUGUUGCGUCGAUUAAAGAGAGAAGUAGAAUCUCAAUUACCUGAUAAAGUUGAAUAUGUGGUUAAAUGUGAUAUGUCAGCUUUACAACGAGUCGUUUAUCGACAUAUGCAAACAAAAGGAAUUGUUUUAACGGAUGGUUCAGAGAAAGAUAAACGUGGUAAAGGAGGAGCACAAACAUUGAUGAAUUCAAUUAUGCAAUUACGUAAAAUUUGUAAUCAUCCAUUUAUGUUCCAACAUAUCGAAGAAGCAAUAGCUGAUCAUACUAGUAUCAGUGGUGGUAUUGUUUCUGGACCUGACUUGUAUAGAUCUAGUGGUAAAUUUGAACUUUUAGAUCGUAUACUUCCAAAAUUGAAACAAACUGGACAUCGAGUAUUACUUUUCUGUCAAAUGACAACAUUAAUGACUAUAAUGGAAGAUUAUUUCAAUUAUCGUAAUUUUACUUACCUUCGUUUGGAUGGUACAACAAAAGCUGAAGAUCGUGGAGAACUUUUGGCUCAAUUUAAUGCUGAAAAUUCUGAAUAUUUUAUCUUUAUGUUAUCAACUCGAGCUGGUGGAUUAGGUUUAAAUUUACAAGCAGCAGAUACAGUUAUAAUAUUUGAUUCUGAUUGGAAUCCUCAUCAAGAUUUACAAGCUCAAGAUCGAGCUCAUCGUAUUGGUCAAAAGAAUGAAGUUCGUGUAUUACGUCUUGUAAGUGUAAAUUCAGUAGAAGAGCGUAUAUUAGCAGCAGCUAAAUACAAAUUAAAUCUUGAUGAGAAAGUUAUUCAAGCUGGUAUGUUUGAUCAAAAAUCAACUGGAACUGAAAGACGUCAAUUUUUACAAGCAAUUUUACAAACUGAAGAAGUUGAUGAAGAUGAAGAUGAAAAUGAAGUCCCUGAUGAUGAAACUAUUAACCAGAUGAUUGCUCGUAACGAGGAUGAAUUUGAACUGUUCCAACAAAUGGAUAUUGAUAGGAGAAGAGCUGAAGCUCGAGAUCCUCGAAGAAAACCUCGUUUAAUGGAAGAAAGUGAAUUACCUGGUUGGUUAUUAAAAGAUGAUGCUGAAGUUGAAAGAUUAACUCACGAAGAAGAAGAAGAAGAUAAAUUUGGACGAGGUUCCCGACAAAGAAAAGAAGUCGAUUAUAGUGAUGCUUUAACUGAAAGACAAUUCUUAAAAGCAAUUGAAGAUGGUAAUUUAGAUGAACUUGAAACACCGACUAAACGUGGUAAAAAGAAUGGUCCUGGUAGAAAAAGGAAACGUGAUGAAUCACCUUCAACACCAGGAGCAUCAACACCUAGACCAGGAAAGAAAGGGCGACGUCCAGGUCCAGUACCGCGGGAUAAAACUCCUAUAGCACCAGAAUUAAUGAAACAAAUGAAAAAAUUGAUGAAAAUAGUUAUCGAUUACAAGGAUGGUGAUGACAGAGUUUUAUCAGAUCCAUUCUUGAAGCUUCCUUCUCGUCGUGAAUUACCUGACUACUAUGAAGUAAUAAAAAAGCCAGUUGAUAUUUUCAAAAUUCGUCAAAAAAUUCGUGAUAAUAAGUAUCGAUCACUCGAUGAUUUGGAGAGUGAUUUCAUGUUACUUUGUAAAAAUGCACAAGCUUAUAAUGUGGAGGGGUCAACCAUUUUUGAAGACUCAAUUGUACUACAAUCAGUUUUUACAAGUGCAAGAGAAAGAAUUGAAAAAGAUGGUGAUAUUUCUGUCGAAGAUCCGAAUGAUAGCGAAGAAGAAGAAGAAGAGAAACCUGCAUGUGACCCAUGAUAAUCAAUCGAUUUCAAAUAUCUCCACAAAUAUAACACAACACAAAUCUACUUUUAAUUAGUCGAAAAUAUCUCCAAAUUAGUCACUUUUCCCUAAAUUAUAGUUUACUGGCUGAAGAAGAAGAAAAUGGCGAUGAAGAUCCCGAUGACGAUUCCUCUGUUAAGAUGAAAAUUAAAUUAAAAGGAAGAAAACCUCGCCAAGCUCGUCAAAAGAAAAAAUAUGUCAGUGAUAACGAUAGUUCCGACGAAACGGAUUAACUAAACUGAAACAAAAAAACUUUCAAUUGCUGAUGGCAAGCGAUCUAAACUUUAAAAAAGACCAAGUUUAUGUUAUAAUUUUAAUUAACAACUUUACUCAUUAUAUAUCUUAUUUAGCUUUAUAUAUUUACUGUCACUGUAACAGCAUUUAAAAAAACUUGUAACUGAAUUCAUAAACUAUUCAGUUGAUUACCGUAAAUAAAUUGAUUCCCAGCUUAUUUAUGAAAAUCCUGCGGUCAAGGUUAAAUAAAUGUUCAACAAACAACUGAAAGAAAA